AAAAUAUAGCAACGAUUAAGUGACUAUUAGUGCUUCAAGCCAAGGUAUAAAGAUGAUUUUGAUCCAUAGUCCAAAUUAAUUUGAGUUUUUUCUCAAAUAAAAAAGAGAUGAUUUUGGUUUUUAUAUUUUAAAUAAACAAAACCCCUUUUCUUAAACCCUACAAACCUCAAAUUGUUAGGCGAAAAAGAGCACCGUCAUUCUCCUCCAUGGCAGCCGAUGACAACCAAAAUGCCGGCGGCGUUACGGCUCUCCGGCGGCUUAAAUCAACUGAACCACCGUUCUAUCUCUCAGCAUCGUCGGAACUCUCAGAAGCAGCUCGAUUAGCUUCUAAGUACUUAUACUCUUCUCUUAAACCCUACACACUGAAAUCGCCGUUCUCUGAGCUUUUGACUGAUGGUUUUGAUGCUGAGCAAAUUUGGCAGCAAAUUGACCUUCAAUCUCAGCCUUUGCUUGCGUCCAUCGGUCGUCAAAUUAGACAAUUUGAGAAGAAACCGGAGGAGAUUGGAAAGGUUUUUGGUUUAGGUUCAGGUACUGAUGAAAAGAAGAGUAAUUUAGAGAGUGAAAAAGGAGAAAGUGAGGAAUUUAAAGAUGUAGAUAUGGAUGAUGAUGAUGAUGAGGAGGAGGAGGAGGAGGAGGAAGAAGAGGAUGAGGGUGAUGAUGGCGAGAAGGGGGAAGACGCGGAGGAGGAGAAUGGCGGGGGAGGGGGGGUGGAAGAUAGGUUUUUCAAGAUAGAUGAGUUGGAAGAGUAUAUGGAGGAUGAUGAGGCAAGGGAGUAUGGGUUGAAAAAGAAGACCAAGAAGAGAAGAAGCAACAAAAAGGAGGAUGAGGAUGAGGACGAGGAAGAAGAAGGUGAAGAAGGCGAUGAGGAUGACGAGCUUGGUUUUAUGGGCCUCGGUGAUGAUGAAGAUGGCGAAGGGACGGAAACUGCCAGGUAUGAGGAUUUCUUUGGUUCGAAAAAGGGUGCUGGACAGAAGAAAAAUGUUAAAUCAUCUGAUCUAACAUAUGGCCUAGAAACAGAUGACGACAUGAUUGAUGAUAAUGAUGACAAUCAGAAGAAGCGAACUCUUUCUACACAUGAAAAGGAGGUUGCAAAACUCCGAUCUACAAUUGAGGAUAUGGAGAAAGCAAACUUGGAAGAGAAGGCCUGGACUAUGCAAGGAGAAGUAACUGCUGCAAGAAGACCAAAGAAUAGUGCAUUGGAAGUUGAUCUGGACUUUGAGCAAAAUGUGAGACCUGCCCCUGUAAUCACCGAAGAGGUUACUGCAACACUUGAAGAACUAAUUCAGAAUCGUAUCAUUGAGGGCCGAUUUGAUGAUGUUCAGAAGCCUGCUAGCUUGCCAUCCAGAACACCGAGAGAAAAAAAAGAACUGGAUGACAAUAAAAGCAAAAAGGGACUUGGCGCUAUAUAUGAGGAUGAAUAUGUCCAGAAGACUGGCCUUGUAUCAACAGCAUUAUCCUUCUCAGAUGAGCAGAAAAAAGAGGCCUCUAUUCUGUUUAAGAAACUGUGCUUGAAGUUGGAUGCAUUGUCUCAUUUCCACUUCACUCCAAAACCGGUCAUAGAAGAUGUGUCUAUACAAGCAAAUGUCCCUGCACUUGCAAUGGAAGAGGUUGCACCUGUGGCGGUCUCUGAUGCCGCUAUGCUGGCUCCUGAAGAAAUAUUUGCUGGCAAAGGAGAUGUUAAAGAAGAAAUAGAGUUGACACAACCAGAGAGAAAAAGGAGGAGGGCCAACAAGAAAAGGAAAUUUAAAGGUGAGUUCAGCAAAAAGGAUGGUAAAGCCAGCACCAGAAAAUGCAUCGUCUUAUGAUGGUGAGGGUAAUGAUAAAUCAUAAUGUGUACCAAAACUGAACCCGAAUGGAUCUUCCAUGCCUCAGUCGAUCAAAUUGGGAUCACAGUUUUGGCAUGGAAUGUUUUCUGCAUUGUUUCUCACCCAGAGUGGCAAACUGUUCAAAGCAGCGUCCACAUACAAGACGAUGAUGUUGUGGACACGAAUUAGAGUUCCUAGGAGAAGUAUUCGCGCAUCAUUGUUAUUGUAGUUUGGCAUUGCAGGAAGAAGAUGUCAUUACCGAGCCAAUUUGGUUUUGAAGAAUGAGUAUUACUUCACAUGAUAGGAAACUUCAUUUCGAUGUAUGUAUUUUUUUGAAAGAGCAAUUUUGUGGUUUUGGGCGUUAAGUGAAUUCAAUGGAGUGUGUAGAAGUUUUUUGACUGUAAAGAGUUGGGUGGUAAAUGUAUCAUGUUUCAAACGAUAUAAACUAAACAAACGAGCAUUUAUUAGUUUGAA